GUUUAGAGUGUGUGCGACAAGUUGUACGUACGGUACGGUAAGAGCUAAAGAAGCUAGAGAAAAAGCUUCGUGAGAGCUAUUAUCAGCAUUGUUUUUCGUUUUGUUUCUUGGUUUGGUUGGAAAACAGAUUUUGAGCAUGCAAUGCAAAACAUGAUUGAUACAUCACACACACGCCCAUACUUUAUUUUGUCACAAUAAACUUGUUCUUCGAUUAGUACGGUGUUUAUGCUAUACGUUGUUGUUAUUCGGUAUGAAACAGUUGAUGACUAUGCACUAAAAAAUAAGAGUGACGAAACAUUAGAUAAAAUUAUGUGAUCGACUGAAUGGUAGGAAUUUUUUUCGUAAUCUGUUUGCAUAUCGAUUCUAAAUCCCAGUGGUGCCGGUUCAGUAUAUACAGUACAUAUUCGUAACAAAAAACUAAAAAACAAAUUGAAAUGUCUCUCUACGACUAUUUCCAAACGACCGCUGUAUUUGUUGUUGGUAUACAACUUGUGUUUGGAGUGUUUCGGUGGAUUUACCAGAAUGUUAUUGGUCCGAAUUUCCUAGAACCCCGCAACCUUCGUCGGUAUGGGGAUUGGGCUUUGAUUACCGGAGCAACUGAUGGCAUUGGCAAGGAAUAUGCGAGACAGCUGGCGAAACGGGGAUUGAAUAUCAUUCUUGUGUCGCGUACAGCUAGCAAAUUAAAAGAUGUUGCUAAAGACAUUGAAGAAACAUUCAACGUCCGAACUGACAUCAUUGCCGUGAACUUCACAUCUGGCAUCGAAAUUUAUGAUCAAAUCAAGCAACAAAUUAUCGGAAAAGAAAUCGGCAUUUUGGUCAAUAAUGUCGGCAUGAUUUAUCCCUCAUCGCCCGAUCUUUUCCUAAACAUUCCGAAUCGUGACAAAGUGAUUCAGGAAAUUGUCAACUGCAACAUCAUUUCCGUUCCGAUGAUGUGUAGUCUGAUUUUACCGCAGAUGGUUCAACGCAAACGCGGUCUAAUUAUCAACAUUUCAUCGAUUGCUUCUGUGCUACCCAGUCCCAGCCAUACAAUAUAUGCGGCGUCGAAAGCUUUUGUCACCAAAUUCUCAGAUGAUCUGGGUGCCGAGUAUGGUGACCAGGGAAUCGAUGUGCAAUCAUUGAUAACUGGAGGUGUCUCAACAAAUAUGAACAAAAUGGUCGGAGCAAAAAUUAUAACACCUAGCCCUGAGGAUUAUGUGAAAUCAGCUCUCUCCUAUGUCGGCUAUGCUAGUAACACAUCAGGCUUUCUAGCACAUUCUUUUUUAACGUUGUCAAUCCGAUUGGUAUCCUUUCUCGCUCCAUCAUAUGCUGAACGGCUUUUCAAGAAUAUGAUGCUUGCACAACGUGAUGAGUCAAUUAAAAACGGAACUUAUACACCAGCCAAAUAGGAUUUAAAAAAAAUGUAAUUUUAAAACU